AUGACGACCAUUGGAUAUCGGUUCGAAGAGGAUCGGAUCAUCACUCCACCAAAGCGCUCCUUGCUACAGAAGCUGAACGAGAAGCAAGGCGCUCUCGUCGCCCACAUUCGUCUGAACAGGAACGAAGAACAAGCGUAUCGACGACAAAGAUACAUUGAACAAUCACGACUCAGGACACUUUCGUCAUCUUCCACCCUCACCGUUGCCUCGGUCACUCCCUCCAACGGCUCUGCUAUCACGGACCGAGACUCGGACAACCAAGAUGACUCCGACUCCUCACCAGUCGACUGCGCAGAAGACUUCAGUGUUCCCUAUCAAUACACUAGGAUGCCAAAGGACCGCGAGUCGCGUCGCAAGAUUGUCGAUGGAAUGCAAAACUUCAUGAUCUGGAAGCAGGCAUCCUACGACUCAGACUUGGCGAGACCUUUCCACAUUUCUCCACCUCAGACCCCCGAGAGUUCGCAUUCCUGGAGUUCACUAAGCAGCCCAACGACUGAGAUUUCCGAUGAACAACUGGAAGACUGGCUUGAACGACCUAUGGAUGCCGAUCUUCACCGAUCUCGCAAAACCUCUGCGGCAAGCUCGAGUGCAUCUUCGACCGCCAGUAUCAGUACGCGCCCUUCCAUGUCAAGCAUCAAAGAAGAAUCUAUCGAGCCACCGAAGAUCACUCUUACCCAAGAGAUCAGGAGGAAGCCGCUGCCUUCGCCGCCCUUGGAAGUCUUGCCUGAGAUCACAGCCGCCGAGGAGAAGCCCCUGCCCCCACCGCCCAUUGAAAAGAAUCCGAUCGAAGAUGGCAAGUCUAAGCCUCUUCCUGUACCCCAAGAGAUCUUGAAAGAAAUUGCAUUUCAGCCGCAUGACAACACGGCCAAAGAGUUCCGAUUGAGUCGUGAUCUACUGAGCAACUUCAACUCGAUCAUCGCUCUGACUUGA